UGCUGGUGUGCAUGCUGCUCACCUGUGGCCACACUUGGCUGUUUCAUAUCAAAGCCACCUGGUGGUUAAUUAAUCCAAACAUUUCCUGCCUGCAUUGUCACAGCAUCUUUUCAGUAUUUUACCUAUUUUAGAAAAGUUAAACAUAAUGGCACAUAGGACAAGACGACAACGUUCACUUCAAGACCAGAGUGAUAGACAGGAACCCAACUGCAUGGACCAGCUCACUCAGAAGUACAUGAGUGCCUCUAUUUUGUGUAAGGAGAUGUGCAGAGUGACAUCCAGCACAGAUUCUGACUCAGAAAUCAGCGCAAGGUGGUCAGACACCAGCACUAUGGGGUGUGUGAGCAGUGCACCAGAGAGUGAGACUUCGCAACAGUCAGUGCAGUUGACACAGAAACCCGGCUCUUAUUCUGAGUCUUUGGACCCGUACGAUGGGAGCUCUGAGGAUUCUGAUGAGUCACACAUCGAUGUGGGCGUCUCCAGCAGGCAAACAAGGCAGCAGGGAAAAGGAUGUCGCCUCUUGAGCCGGAGCAGGCGAUUUAUCCUUCAUCACCCUGCUUCUAUUGCCUUCAGGGAUGCGGUGAAAAAUGGGAUGAGAGACUCUGCAACAGAGAAGCAACGUCUUAUGGAUGUCCAGAUGAAAAGCAAAAGUGACUCUGAGCUGUUGGCCUGUGGGCCUGACACUCUGCCCUCCCACGGUGAUCUGGAUGGUUGUAGAAAUCUCACAGAGGAAAGGAUUAUUGAUUCAACAGCACAAACCAUGAAUGUAGAGUUACAACUUGAUGAUUCAGGCUUACAUGCAACAAGAUCAUCCUCUUCUCACACCCCAGUGAAUGAAAGCCCCUCUCAGGUACUAACCAGCUCCUCUGACAGAUUCCCCAGCUUUCUUUCCAAGAGAAAGCUGGCUCUGCCUGGAGCAGAAGAAGUGGAGUUUUACCAAAGAAAGAGGCAAUGUCUUGUCGGCAUGGAGGAGGGAAAGACCUCUGCAUCUGAGGCACUUUAGAGUCAUCUAACCAUAUAUUGAAGUCACAUUAAAUGUCUUUUAAAGAUUUAAACUGGACUAAAAAAUUGUAAAUAGUUAUUUGAAAACGCACAUUGUUCACUCAUGUACACUAAAUAUGUAUUCUAAAGUAUGAUAGCUGCUUUUUGUUUCAAAAUCAGCUAAAUAUAUUUAUGCUGCUGUGGUGGGUAUUUAAAUUUGAGCAUCACCUGAUUUCUUUUUUUUUUUGUCACAGGUUCCACAUGAAAUUUUUGUUAAAAUGUUGAGUUGUUUGAAUUUUAUCUUAUAUACACUGAUCCAAAUGGACAAAUGCAAAAAUUAAGGGAUGCAUAAAUCUGCACUGGCAGAUUGUAAUAGGUCAACUACUAAUGUAGAAUUUCCACAGCCGAUAGAUGGACUGUAAGGUCUUGUAGUGUAUUUGUUUCAAAUGGGUUAACCUGAAAAUGCACCCCCUCAUCAGGAAUAAUGUUGAAUUCCAUAUAUUUUAAAUGUUUACGUUCAGUAUUUGCACCGACUUAAAUGGACAAGGACCCAAAACUCAAAUUUGUCUGAAACCUUUUUGUAUUUGUCAUAUUCUUAUAAGCUUGCAAAGUUUACAUUACUUCUACAAAAUUGUUUUUAUUCCAGCAAAAACGUGUUCUUCCCUCCAAUCAACAGGUGGUAGAAUUACACUUUAAGGUACAGCAUUUUUAAAUGUCUUUGCCUUAGUUCAGUGAAGCCUUCACUUAUAUUUGCAUCAAGUUUUGAAUAGUAGGCUUAUAAAAUGUAUGACUGUUAUGAGGUCAGUGACUAAUAGCUGCAACUGAAGAUGAGGUUAAGGGCUACUUACAUGUGAACUUUGAUUUUCUGGCCUGUGCUAAUUUUACUCUCUGUAAAUUCACAUUAAUGUUUUUGGGUACAUUGUUGGUGAUAUUGUUCAAUUUGGGAAUCCUCAUUUAUAGAAAUUAACAGUGGCAAUCUUCUCACAAAACAGGCUGUAAAGUGACAAGAAGGUAAUUUGUCAGAAUAUAUUGAGUCAUUUCAACCGACAGGG